AUGGAACUUGGUUUGUCCUCAACGCCCGGUAAAAAAACACAGUACUUCGACGCACUCGAGUACCCGUCCGAGAACGUCAAAGAAUCCAGUAGUCAGGGGCAAAGCUUCAUGAUGCCCAACAAUCCAGGCAACACUCCUACACCAAACGGUAACAUCUCAGGUUCAAAGGCCCCGCCGUCAAAGGAAGAUAGUACUAUGGAGGACAACCACCCGGGGUUCACGAGCCGUCACAGCGAAGAUCUUUCAGACCGCAGGACUCCGUCCAUUCAAUCGCUUCCCGUAUGUACGGAGGACAUAGACGAGGAUGCGCCUCUCGCUGGUAAUAUGGACGGCGGGCGCAGCACUUCGCUGGGGAGAAGAGCCUCCGUGCGCACAACAAGAAGCAAUCGCACGACUAGAUCGGUGGCUGAGGCGACAGCGGCCUUUCAGAGCGGGUCAGUUCUCACUGGCCCGAACGCCGAGCCAGAUGUAGACGCGGCCGUGGUCCUCAGGGGCGUCACCGCUGAGAGAUCCUUGAGUAAGAAACAGAAAGAUAAAAUCAUAAAGGAUGAGCAGCGAGAGUCGAAGCGUUUUUCCAAGCUUCUGAAGACAGACUCUAAGUUGGAAAAAGCUGCAUUGGCACAGGCUCUCAAGUCUCUUGCGGCUCUGCAAGAUCUUCACAAGGCUGCCUGCAAACUCGAAGCCAGAGCAGAGGCUACCCACUACAAGUCGCUCAUGGCCGCUCAGAAAGCUGAGAGUACGUUCCUUGAAGUAAGGGCUCGUGCUGAGGAGGAGCAUGCGCGAUGGGAGGGCAAGAAAGCGGAGGUCAAGGCUCAAGAGGAACGCUUGGAGGCGGAGAGGGAGACCGUAAGAGAGAUGGAGGACCGUAUGGCAGAAUGCGCCCGCGAGGUCGAAAAAUUGAGAAUCCUAAAGGCCACUGACGAGAGAGAAAGGGAAGUCAAGAUGGCGGAGAUGUUGAGAAAGAAAACAUAACACAAGGUAUUUUCACCUCUAUCAUAUUCAUUGCAAUCCUCUUUAGACCUCCCUGAUCGAUACAUACCAUUAUACUGGACUAUCGCCAUCCCAGAUAUACACGUUUACGCAUUAAUGGUCAUUACCAUCACCCGUGCCAUGUUUGUGAUAAUUAUUCACGUUAAUAUCUACCUACACACGACUAUGUACCAAUACACGCACAAGAUUUAUUAUAACAGAGCCCAUGUGAUGCCCUACAACGCGUAGGGAAAUGUCAAAAAAAGUCAGAUGGAUGUUCUUGGACCGUACGAGCUUCGUUGUAUUUGGUGAAGAAAACACAAUCGUACGAAUCGACUUCGAUAAGUCAC